AUGGUAGAACUCAUUGUGAUGAGGACUGGGUCAUCCAUCCCUGCGACGAAGUCCGGGUCGCUGGUGCUGACAUCCAUAAAAUCGGAGACGGUGUCGACCGGAAGCCGCCGGCAGCUGACAAACGUUCCCGCUUCCGGCACAGACGUACUACUCAGCGCUGAAGACGUUUGUAUCCUCUCGCCAUACUGGGCAAACAUGAAAUACUCAACCGAUCCUGACUCGGGUAUCUACGUGCGGGUUCUGCGCUCCUCAACGCCGGCUGACCAGACGGAGCUUGACGACAUCAGUACUAGGUUCGAGCAGUACACUGAGUCGGAUUUCUCACCAGAGUUCGCUGUCGUUGUCACGUGGAGAAAGAUGAAAUACUCCUCUCAGCCGGCGACGUUCCAGGCGGUACUGGCCACAGAUUACUUGACCACUUACUACGGCAUUAUUUAUGAGCAAGGCGGCAUGCGCUGGCAAGUACCCAUGUCCAAUGUCCCGGGGGCCAACAACUUCUAUGUCGCCAGGGUCGGCCUAUAUUGCGCCACCGACAACAAGUACACAUACGACUACUCUCAGCUUCCAUACGCCCAGAUUGGCGACAAGCCAAAGAUAGAGAGAAUAGACACGAUGUAUCAGGUGUACGAUGGAUUCUCCACCGACCCCAGUGUUUCAUUACAAAAGCGGAAGACGUCCGGUGCUAUAACAUACUCUGAUGGUACUGGGGAAGUUACAUUGCCGUCAUAUGCAGCGCGGGGUAUCCACUUUUUCACUCUCGCUCACGUGACGACCCACCCUGUCCUGGAAUGCAAGGCGUGGUUGGGCAGCGCGUCGUCCAUUGAUGACGUCACACUUGCCAAGUAUUGCCCGGCGUCCUUCUCACAGAUGAUUGCCCCGUCUCGUUUCGACAGUCAGACAGUGAAUGGAUAUACUUGCUACUUCAUACCGUCUGCUACCGAUGGCAACCAGGGGAUGCGCUGCUGCUACUCGGCGGCCGGAGUUUUACAGGUCACAGACGAUCUGGUGGACGGAUCGAACACAUACAGUUUGUUCCGGGGGCUGGGAUCGUCGAACGGUGACUUCGUUGCUGAACAGACCGCCUAUACGAUGUGUUGUGUGAAUGGUGCAUCGUUGACAACCGAGGACAUCUGUGGAAGCUAUCUGGCGCUGCGACCCGUCUGCACGUCCAAACGUUUCGAGGCUGGAGGGGCAGGGGGUGGCGAAGGAGACCCCCACAUCACAACGCUUGACGGCUUCAUGUACACAUUUAACGGGCACGGAGAGUUUGUGAUGAUCCGGAGCGACACCGGCUCCUUCGAGCUGCAGGGCCGCUUCCAGCCGGCGACUGUUGAUGGCGCGCUCUCGAACGCCACCGUGACCACGUCCGUGGUUGGACAACAGACAUCGCCCGCGAGUGAUAAAGUGGAAUUUCGUAUAAAUGGUGCCGGCGACGACAUAGAGGUUUACCUAAAUGACGUACUCGACACCACGGACCUGUCUACUGGCUCGUCCCAAGGCAACAACAUUCUUGUUGAGAAAAACGCCGACACUUAUCGAAUGAUCUUCUUCGCCGGCGUCGCCGUCAACGUCAAACCAACGUCAGGACUGCUGAGCCUUUCUCUCGCAUUGACCUCGGACUGGGCGGGAGAAAUUAAGGGGUUAGUGGGCAACUUUGAUGGUAACGAUACGAACGAGUUUCAACUUCCGGACGGCACGGACCUCGGGGACCCGGCGGGCUUCACAGAGGAGCAGAUCUAUAACCAAUACGGCACAAUGUGGCGAGUGGAAGAGGCUGACUCGCUGUUCCUGUACAAGGCGGGAGAGAGCUACUCGAGCAUCAAUGACCUGACCUUCACACCCGUCUUCUUCAACCCCGACCUGACAGUGAUGUUCCCUAACACCACCGAGCGCCAGACCGCCCAGGACAUCUGCUAUCAGGCUGGAGGCACGGACCCGAACCCAGCAGAAAACAGCGAGUGUUAUUUCGACUUUGCAGUGCUCAAAGACGAGACGCUUGCACAGAACACCGCUAACGCAAUCGAGCUAGUGGCCGCCGAACAGGUUCAGUUGGCCAACUUCCCGCCCGUGAUAAGUAACGGCGACGCCGCCCUGCAACUGACGGAGGGGGAGACUUCAUUGACAUUGAUAACAUUAAACGCUACUGACGCAAACGGCGACACCAUCACGUUCACCGUUAUGUCCGGCAGCGUCAACGGCCUGUCUGUGGAUGCCUCUUCCGGUGAGGCGACGCUAGCGUCUGUCCCCGAUACAUACCCGUUCGACGUAAUGGUUGAAGCCACCGACGGACAGUCUUCUACAAUUUGGAAACCAAUAAUCAAAUAUUGCGCCUGCCAGAACUCCGGCACGUGCGAGUUUGCUGUCUCUGUCACGGAAGCGUUCACUGUGGUCCCGUGCACGUGCACAGCGGCCUGGGAGGGAGACUUCUGUGAAGUCGAUAAGGACGGUUGCGCCGACAACCCUUGUUACACAGGUGUGGCGUGUUCAGACGUUCCGGCGAGUCAAAUACAGAGCAAACCUGCUGGGUUCCAGUGUGACGCCUGUCCCCUCGGGCUGCAGGGGGACGGUCAGGACUGCCAGGACGUAGAUGAAUGCCUGCAGGAGCCGGCCGUGUGUGGCCAGUUGUGUACGAACGAGGUGGGCGGUCACACGUGCUCAUGUCAUCCCGGAUACAACCUACAGCCUGACCUUUUCACCUGCGCAGACAUUGGCGAGUGUGUUCGCGGGACGGACGACUGUGACGCAGUCGCUACCUGCACCAACACAGCCGGAAGUUUCACGUGCACAUGCCCGAACGGAUACACGGACAUCGGGUCUGGAAAAUCAGGGGACUGUCAGGACAUUGACGAGUGCACAGCUGCAACUGCCACGUGCCAAGAUAACAGCGCAUGUGCGAACACGGUGGGGUCGUACACAUGCCCGUGCAUUUCCGGCUACCAGUUCAACUCCGUCACCAGCUCUUGCGACAACAUAGACGAUUGUAAGCUGUCCAGCGACUGUGACCAGGUGUGUGUAGAUGGAGUGAACACGUUCACCUGCUCGUGUAACUCGGGCUUCGUGCUCAACGCAGACGGCAGGACAUGUGACCCAUCGACUGUGUGUGACAGCACUCAGCUGGCCACGUGUAACGGCGGGAAUACGUCCAUAGCCACGUGCGCGGUAGACGGCGGGGAGGUCGUCUGUAUAUGUGACCCCGGCUACGCCCUGGACGCCGACAAGAACUGUACAGAUGUGAACGAGUGUGCGACUGGCACAGACGCGUGCUCCCAGGCCUCCUGCACGAACACAGUGGGUGGAUACACUUGCUCGUGUAACCAAGGCUACGCCUUCCAGGCAGGCUCCGACAAAGUUUGCAUAGACAUUGAUGAAUGCGGCACUGAUGUGGACCUGUGCGAGGCCUCCGCCACGUGUGUCAACAACGCCGGAAGUUACGCCUGUAGAUGCGCCGAAGGAUAUGUGCUCAAGUCGAAUGGCCUCGGCUGUGAAGAUAAUGACGAGUGUGCUACGGUUUCUACAAACGACUGUGACUCCAGCCAUGGCACGUGCACCAAUACGGCCGGGAGUUACUCGUGCUCGUGUACGAGUGGUUACACCGGAGACGGUUACACGUGCGUCGAUCUGAACGAAUGUAACGAGGCAGAUCGGGGUGGAUGUGCGCAGGGCUGCUCCAACACAAUCGGCGGCCACUCGUGUUUCUGCGGCCAGGGCUACACGCUCAACGCCGACGGACUUGCUUGUAACGAUAUUGACGAGUGUUUAUCCUCCAGUACCAACAACUGCUACAACAACAGCUACUGCAGCAACACCGGGGGUAGUUACACGUGCACAUGCCCCACUGACUUCGUACUCAAGGCCGACGGUGUCACGUGCCAGUCCAUCAACCAGUGUUCCUCGGACAACACGUGCGAGUACACGUGUAAUCGGAUUAAUGAUGUAGAUACGUGCACGUGUCAAAAUGGCUACCAGCUCAACCAGGACGGAUCCACGUGCUCAGAUAUUAACGAGUGUGACGCGGCAGGUUCCACGUUAUGCCUGGAUAUAAACAACGUGGUCUGUCAGAACACAGAGGGCGGGUACACAUGCGUCUGCAAGGACGCGUUCUAUACACAACUCGAGCCCGACAGAUGCGUCAAUAAAGAUGAGUGUCUCACCAACCCGUGUUCGGCGACCAGUGUGUGUGAGGACCUUGUUGGAGACCCGGGGUACCGUUGUGACUGUAUGACCGGCUAUACGAACGUCGACGGCACAUGUACAGAUAUAAACGAGUGUACGGCGGGCACGCACAUGUGUCACGCAACCCUCGCUACUUGCACAAAUACGGAAGGAGAUUACACGUGUGCAUGCAACUCCGGUUACCAGGGUAACGGUGUCACGUGUACGGAGGUUGACGAGUGCGCGCUCGGGACGCACGAGUGUGACCAGAUCGUUGGAUCGUGCGCGAAUACCCCAGGCAGCUAUACCUGCUCGUGUGAUGGGGGAUACGCCCUAGGGAACGACCUAACGUCGUGUAUAGGUAGGAUGUGA